AUGGGCCGUGAUCGUUCAUCGGGCUCAGCCAUGUCUCAAUCCAGCGCGACGUCGGUCGCCAACGACAAGAACUCCAAGUGCGCACCCUAUGGCAAAGAACUGCCGAGGGAGUCGGUCAAAACCGUCACGGCCAAAGUCCCAGUGGACAAGGGAAAAAAUGUAAGUUAAAGCUUUGGAUUUUUUUAAAAUUACUCGCUAAAGUAAAAUAUAGUACGCGGAAAGUUAAGGUAUUAGGCGCCGUCAUGAAGAACCCGCCAUUUUUACAGGAAAUUUCAAGAAAAGUAUGGCGGUUAUACCUAAGUUUAACUUUAUACUAGCUUAUUACCUAUUUAAAUUUAAAAUUUAGUUUAAUUGUUUUUAAAAGAAGGUUGAUUCGAAAGACAAGGAGGCCAAACACCUGAAGAGACUGAAUCAUGUACCACCAAAGCCGGAGCAAAUCUACGCCGAAUUGCCGAAGAAACGGACCUUUUGGGGUUACUGUGAGUUUUUAGGUAGGGUAGGGUAAAGUAAAUUAUAGUAGGGUAGGGCAUGAAACAGUAGAGCAGAGUAUGGUAUGAUAGGGUAAAGUACAACCUGUGAAGCCUCUUUCUAUUUAAAAAUUUUUAAAUUUAGAAAAAUGUUUAGUUGUUCCACCCUUGUACAUUUUGAGUAUUUGGACAUUGUUGGCCGCCAUGAUGUUUCCUAUCAUGUUCUUCAUACCUAUAAUUUACAAAGCUAGUCCGGAAAACAUUGGACCAGGCAGCUUUUUGAGUAGUGUGCCAAGUAAGUUAUUUUUUGUUUUGUAAAGAAAAUUCUUGCAAUUUUACGCUUUGUAAAGAAAGUUUUUGCAAUUUUACGCUUUGUAAAGAAAGUUUUUGCAAUUUUACGCUUUGUAAAGAAAGUUUUUGCUAUUUUUUUUGCAAAAAAAGUUUUUGCCAUUUUUUGUUCUGUAAACAAAGUUUUUGCCAAUUUUUGCUUUCUAAAGAAAUUUCUUGCUAUUUUUAAUUCUGUAAAGAAAGUUCCUGCCAUUUUUUGUUUUUUAAAGGCAGUUCUUGUCAUUUUACGCUUUGUAAAGAGAUUUUGCGAUUUUCGUUACCAAAAACUAUUUUUUAAGAACUGAUUUUUGAACCGAAUGUAGCCCGUCUGGCAACCUCUAAAACUCGGCAAGAAGAAGUGGAGGCACGUCGAGCAGACCCAUCAGAGAUUUACUACGUUGAUCGUCGACCAAUCACAUACGAACCCUACCUCACUCGGCUACGGUUCCUACUUACUGAUGGUGAGUACAAAAGCCUUGGCUUGUCUCGCCGUACCUCAUGCUCCCCUUCCCACAGGGCAGACCUGUUAUGGCGGGUUCUAUCUAGGCCUGGCCUUAUACCAAAUUUGAACGGACCUUACUGAUAGUAGGUAAUGCUGAUAUUGUUUUAGAAUACGGACCGGAACGCUUUGCUGAAUGCCACAAGGACAAUAUUCGUAUAAAGUCGGGCUGUCUGGUCGAUUUGAAUUACGACAACUUGGAGCUGGGCUAUGGAGCUUGUGCCGUGCCUCGAGGCCAGACAGUUCAAUCAUUUUCGUUUGGUUUCGAAGAUCAACAGCCUUGUAUCAUGAUUAGACAGAAUAAGGUGGGUAUUUUUAAUAGAACUUGAUGGUAUAGUACGUAUUGUGGCUUAUAGUAAAAGUAAUAGAGCAAAGAUACUGUAACAAAGGUACCGUAGAAAGUAAAGGGACUGUAAUAAAAAAUAAAUGGUAUUUUAGGUAAAGUAACAAAAAAAUUGUUUUUGCAUUGGGUACUGUAGCCGAAAUUAUGCAUAUUGUAACAAAAAGUAUUAAUUAGGUACUUUGGGCAUCAUACCGUAAUCAUCAAAUAAUACGAUAUUUGGUGCUAUCUUACCAUAGCCCUUCAUUACCUUGUUUUACCAGAGAAUACCCGACCGUAUCAUGCCCUACCCUAAUGUAAUUUACCCUACUUUAUCCUACACUACCCUAACCUAUCCUAACCUACUCUACCAUACUCUAUUCUACCCUACCCUACUCUACCAUAUACUACCUACUGUAACAUAAUCUUCUGUUUCCAGAUGCUGCACUACAUGCCGCCGAUGGUGGAUAUUCGCGACGAAGUGACGGACGAGCGAAUAAUGAACGAAAUUAGCAUAUUGUGCGAACGUGAACAUUACAAUACGGCACCGGACGGCGACUGCUGCUUUUGGUACCGCUCACAGUUACGAUGCGAGGUCCAGAACGGCGAUAUUCAAAUAUUCCCGGCCUUUGGCGUACCAGCUUGCCACUUCCCGUACCAGUCUGGCGCGGACGAGGACGACAUUAAGAGUUAUCAACAGCCAAUUCAGUUUGUUAGGGUAGGUUUAGGCAAGAAUUUUGUUUACAGUGGAAAAAAUGGCAAGUACUUUCUUUAAAAAACAAAUAAUAGCAAGAACUUUGUUUACAGAAUAACAAAUGGCAAUAACUUUGUUUACAAACGAAAACGGCGAGAACUUUCUUUACGAAACAAAAAAUGGCAGGAACUUUCGUUACAGUGCUAAAUUAACUAAUAAUUUUUGAGUUUCUAUAAAAGCUACUAUUAUUGAGUCUUCAACCGUGCAUUACUUGCAGGUAUCCCCCCUGAAAGAAGGUGAUACAACCGAAAUUAAGUGCUACACCGACGAAUCGCUGAAGGACGACGAAAACCACUAUGUCAAGUUUACCGUUCAGAUCUUUAACGCCAACAACAAUGCAUAA